AUGGACAGUGAAAGUGCUGCAAAAUCGGCGGCUCUGCGAAUUGCACAGCGAGCCAUCGAAUUCGACCAAGCUCAGCGUUAUGAAGAGGCCAUCUAUUGCUAUGGAGAAGCCGCGGAUCGCAUCAUACACCUAUUACAAUCUAAAAAGAUAUCCACUUCUUUCCGCAAAAAUGCUAUUGAGUAUGUUGAACGUGCUGAGUUUCUAAAAAGCGAUCUACCACGACUACUUCAGCUUUCACAGGCAAGAAAACCUCCUAGCCUGUUACUACUGGAAAAAGUGGAAUUUGUGCUGCUGAAAGCUCAACUUUCGGAAGAGACCCAGCACUAUCCGCUAGCAAUUGAGUUGUAUUCUGAAGCCACUCAGUUAUGCAUCCAAGCGGGUAGCAACUGCGAAGAUGAACAGCUCCAGGUAAAGCUACGCACGUUUGGAAAUAUUGCCUUGGAACGCCUUGAAAACCUCAAACGCUUGGAACAGCAAAUAAAAAUUCAGUUGCUCACAGAAAACCUUCCUAACGUGCCUGUUGACGAGUUAUCUAAGCUAAAUGUGAGCAGCAGUUCAUCACCAGACCGUCCUAGUCCUACGUCUGAGUCUCCGGUUCUACCACACAAGUCGUCUGGUUUAACGAAAGAAGAACUCGCAGUACUAGCCGUAACGUCCAACAUUAAUGGACGCAAAUAUGUUCCAUUUCUUUCUGUUGAUCUUAAGGAAAAAUUCAACUAUACAAUACCGUUUAGUGACAAAGAUGGCAAACUUUCACUUACGGAAAAACAAAAGAAAAGGAUAAAGGCGUGGCUACGACCACAUGAGAUUUUUCCUGAACCGAAGGUCAUUGGAAAUAUCGAUAGUGGCACUAUCAAACAGACUGUAAUCUCCGACUGUUCAUUUGUGGCAUCUCUUUCCAUCACUGCACGUUACGAGAAACGUUUUGGAAAACAGAUUGUUACUAGUAUCAUAUACCCGCAAAAUCGACUGGGGCAACCAGUUUACAACCCUUCUGGCAAAUACAUGGUGAAGUUUCACAUAAAUGGCGUGUGGCGUAAGGUCGUAAUUGACGACUUCCUUCCAACUGGAGAAAAUCUUGAGCUCUUGUGUUCGCACAGCCAAGAGAAAGGAGAGUUGUGGGUUUCACUUCUGGAGAAAGCCUAUCUCAAAGUUAUGGGUGGUUACGACUUUCCUGGAUCGAAUUCAAAUAUCGACUUACAUGCUCUUACUGGUUGGAUCCCCGAUCGGAUAGCCAUCAAAACGGAGAAUCCGAGCUUUGACAGAAAUCAGGUGUUCGAGAAGCUGCUUUCUCGUUUUCAUCGAGGGGAUUGUCUGAUUACACUGGCAACUGGUAAAUUAUCCGAACAAAUAUGCGAAAGAGCAGGUCUUGUCGAGUGUCACGCGUACGCUGUCCUAGAUCUCCGAAGAAUUGAUGGUAAACGUCUCCUUAUGGUAAAGAAUCCUUGGACUCAUCUUCGAUGGAAGGGAAGGUAUUCUGAAAAUGAUUCAAUUAAUUGGACACCAUCUUUGCGCAAAGCCCUUGAUUAUGAUCCUAACCAAGCCAAAGUCAAAGAUGAUGGUGUUUUCUGGAUCGAUUUUGAAUCCGUAUGCAAUUUCUUCGACGUAUUUUACGUUAAUUGGAAUCCUACUUUGUUUCCAUUCACUUAUGGGAUUCACUCAACUUGGGAUUCUUGUUCUGGGCCAGUGAAGGAUUUGUACACCGUUGCUGACAAUCCACAAUACUCUCUUGAAGUUCACAAUCAACGUACAAGUGCGGUGUGGAUCUUACUCACGAGACAUAUUACUGAUAUUUCAGACUUCGCAGACAACAAAGAAUAUAUUACCGUUAUGGUUUACAAAUCAGGGAAGAAAGUCUACAUACCAACCGAUCCGAAGCCUCUCUACGAAGGCACACGUAUUAACAGUCCACAUUACCUUUGCCAGAUGGUUAUUGAUGAUCCAGGUCCCCAAAAGUAUACGUUGGUUGUCGCUCAGUAUGAAAAGAUGAAGACGAUCUACUACACUCUUCGUGUUUACUCGUCAUGUAAUUUCACUUUGAGCCCAAUCAAAUGUCCUUACAUUACCAAGAAGACCGAAACAGGGAAAUGGGAGGGACGUACAGCUGGAGGAUGCGGUAAUGGCUCCAGCAGAGAAACUUGGAAAAACAACCCUCUUUUCCACGUCAGUUUGGAAGAGUGCAGCGAUGAAAACCAUAUCCUUGUUGAUCUUAAAGGUCCGAAGCAAUAUAGUGUGGGAUUCGAAAUCUUGCAAGUUUCGUCACCAAGAAACAAACCAUUUGAAAGAAAGGAAUCAGGCGUUUAUAGGCCCGGAUACACAGUGCUUGUAUUGGAAAAGGUCCCUGCUGGUGUAUAUAGCAUUCGACCCAUGACGUUUCUGGCAGGACAAGAGGGGCCGUUCAUUCUCAAAGUUGAGGCUUCCUGCAGUUUUUCAAUGAAGAGCGUUCAAUAA